CCUUCACCGGCUUUUGCUUUCUUUAGUAACCACCGGUUUAUACGCUGGAAUUUGACUUGCUUUAGUUGUGCUUUGGUGCAAUGAAGGACACAGUCAGCACAAGCAAUGCUAAUGGGAUCAGUUGUGAAGAAGAUGAGCAGAAGAUCCAGGAAAGAGGACAAUGGAGCAACAAGUUGGAAUUUGUGCUAUCUGUAGCUGGUUCCAUUAUUGGCCUAGGCAACAUGUGGCGAUUCCCAUACUUGUGCUACAAGAAUGGAGGAGGUGCCUUUCUCAUCCCUUACCUGAUAUUUCUCUUCACUUGUGGGAUCCCCGUGUUUGUCCUGGAGACAGCUUUGGGCCAAUACACUAGCGAAGGAGGCGUCACUUCCUGGAGAAAGAUCAGCCCUCUCUUUGAGGGUCUAGGCUAUGGCACACAGGUCAUUUUAAUCUUACUCAAUUUCUACUACAUCAUUGUUCUGGCCUGGGCCAUCUUUUACUUCUAUCACUCAUUUUCCUGGGAGCUGCCAUGGUCCUCAUGUCAAAAUGUCUGGAAUCUAGACACUUGUGUGGAGUUCCAAAAGAGGAAUGAAUCGGUCAACUUCACCAUGCCUGCUAACGCUACGUCUCCGGUCAUUGAAUUUUGGGAGAGACGGGUGUUGCGACUCUCUUCAGGUAUCGAUCACAUGGGAACCCUACACUGGGACCUGGCUUUGUGUCUGCUCGUGGCCUGGAUCCUCUGCUACUUCUGCAUCUGGAAAGGAGUGAAAUCUACUGGAAAGGUAGUUUAUUUCACUGCUACCUUCCCUUAUGUCAUGCUCUUGGUGCUUCUCAUUCGGGGGCUCACGUUGCCUGGGGCCAGCAAAGGCAUUCAGUUUUAUCUGUAUCCUGACCUUGGACGUUUAUCUGAUCCACAGGUAUGGAUGGAUGCAGGAACACAAAUUUUCUUUUCAUAUGCCCUGUGCUUGGGGUGUCUAACAGCAUUAGGGAGCUACAACAAAUACAACAAUAAUUGUUACAGGGACUGCUUGGCUUUGUGCUUUUUAAAUAGCGGGACAAGCUUUGUGGCUGGCUUUGCCAUCUUCUCCAUCCUUGGUUUCAUGUCAUAUGAGCAGAAUGUGCCGAUUUCAGAGGUGGCUGAAUCUGGCCCUGGUCUUGCCUUCAUCGCCUACCCCCGUGCUGUAACAUUGAUGCCCCUGUCUCAUCUGUGGGCCUGCUGUUUCUUUAUCAUGAUUAUUUUCCUUGGACUGGACAGCCAGUUUGUGUGUGUUGAGAGCCUGAUGACAUCCAUAGUAGACAUGUAUCCCACCGUGUUCCGCCACAAAAAUCGCAGGGAGCUCUUCCUAUUAGUGGUGUGCAUCUUCUCCUUCCUCAUGGGGCUCAUCAUGCUGAUGGAAGGUGGGAUGUAUGUCUUCCAGCUCUUUGACUACUAUGCAGCGUCUGGCAUGUGUCUGCUCUUCAUGGCCAUAUUUGAGACGGUUUGCAUUGCCUGGAUUUAUGGUGCAGAUCGCUUCUAUGAUAAUAUGGAGGACAUGAUUGGCUACCGCCCAGGCCCUCUACUUAAGUAUUGCUGGAUGUUUUUCACCCCAGUCACGUGCAUAGGCACGUUUGCUUUUUCCCUCAUCAAAUAUACACCUCUUAAAUACAACAAUGAGUAUGAAUAUCCUUGGUGGGGUUAUGCAUUAGGCUGGCUGCUGGCUUUGCCCUCAAUGCUCUGUAUCCCUGCAUGGAUGAUCUACAAAAUUGGCAACACAAAAGGAACUUUAAAAGAACGAAUACAGAUCCUCAUCAGACCGUCUUCUGAUUUACCAAGAACAAAAAAGGAGCAAGAGAGCUUGCUUGCUGUCUUCGCUUUGGCAGAAUCAGUUUCAAUUAAUAAAGAUGUCUCCAAUCCUGUGCAACAGAUGGACACAAAGUUUUAGAACUGUAUGUGACAGCGAUGAACCUAAGAGUCAAUCAUAAGCUUAUUUCACAUUUGCUAGCCAUAAAUGUGAAAUAAAGAGAGAAAGAAAGGUUUUAUCAACAGGCCCACCAACCAUGCUGGAGCUCACCUUCUUUACUUAGGAGGACUGAAAACAAUCUCUUAUUGUGCAAAGUACUAAGUGUGCUCAAGUACUGAGCAUAACUACAAGUGCUGAUUCAGAUUGUAUACUACUGUGCACAAUAUACUGAUUCACAUGACUGCAAAAAUUUUUAUGGAGAACUAAUGCUCCAAAUGGCUCCUUUUCCUUAUGUUACUAUUAUUUACUGAUAAUAAUAAUAAUAAUAAUAAUAAUAAUAAUAAUAAUAAUAAUAAUAAUAAUAUACUAAAAUGUCGGUUAUUUAGUAUUCAUUUUUUUGGUGAUCUGUAGCAUGGUUUAAACCUGAAUGUACUGUAAACUGAGCAUUAUUGUUCAUUUUUUAUGCGCUUCUACCUUUGGAAUCAAAAUAUAAAAGUAAAUUUAUAAGUCUUGGAAAGGUGUCUUUUUUUUAAAUGUUAUGUCAGUAAUAAUAAUAAUAAUAUUAAUAAUAAUAAUUCAUUACCUUUAGUCUGCAGUAUGUUUAUAUUGACUUGAUAGCGGUUAAGAAUUUGGCCAGCUUUG